UUCUCAAAAAUAAAAAUAGGAGAGGAUAUAAGCAUUUGGACAUGUAUUGAUAUUUUUCUAUAAUAUGUGCAUUUUAUAGCCACAUUAACAUGGUAAGAGACACGUCGUAACAUUCAUCACAAACUUUUUUAGAAAGUUAAGUCUAACUUUAAUCUUUUACAAUUAGUUAGCUUAGCAUCUAUGUUUUUCAUAACCGGAUCGUGAGCCGAAAAAGUUAAUUGUUCAAUAUUAAUCAUUAUAGAAUCGGUUGAUUGUUCUAUUGGUUAAGUCAUGAUUUGAUUCGAUUCUUGCAAUUCAACCAUGGGGUUGAUAAAGAUCCCACACAAGGCCCAUUUAACCACCUGUCAAGCCCAUCCGGCCCAAAUGGAGGAUGAUUUCCCAGUCGGACACGUUAAUAACUUGCGAUAAAUCAAAACCCGUUCCGCCACCGCGCAAACAAGGAAAGGAAACUGUAACCGUCCGAUCAAAAUUCAAAGAGGCAGCCCCGGCCAAGCCAUCAUCAAUCCUCUGCUUAUAUUACCGUUAAAGCGCUCCUCCCUCUCUCUCAUUUUUCUAUUCAAAGUUUCAAACCCUCGCUCUCCGACUGCCAUUCGCCAAUUAGCAAGCAAACAAUCAAACAAAGGGAAAAAGCGAAGAAAGGAAACCCCCGAUUCCAGGAAAAAAUGCCGACCAUGAAGUUCGAUCGCAAGCCGCCGCUCGCCAAAUCGCCGAUCCGCCUCCGCUCCCGCCGCGUCCUCCAGCCAACCUCCGUCUCCUUGCAGACUCCUCCCGGUUCGUUGAUGAAAUCGGCGAAACCGAGCCGCGGACUGUCCAGUAUUGAUGUCGGCGGCGUCGAGGAACUCCGGCCAGAGUACCGUUCCAUGUCCUGCGAACUUCGCGCUCUGGCGAAGCAGGUCCGCGACGAGCUCGGCGGCAACGGAGAUCUGGCAGCCAAACCGAAAUCCUCGCUCUACGGAGAAAGCUUGAGCGCGAAUUCGAGUCCGCUGUUCUUCGAGAGAGGGAAGCUGUACGACGCGUACGCUGCCAAGCGGAACGAGCGGCUGCGGAAGAAGAAGAUCGGCGGCGACGCGAGGGAAGAUUUCGCCAAGACGCCGUCGUACAGAUUGGGAGUGACGGUAGAGUCGUCGAAGAGGAGGGAUUCCGCGAGGAAGAUGGAGAGCCUGAGGAAAUCCGUGGCGUCGGCUUAUGGAGCCGGCCAGAGGCUGGCCGGUGGAGAGACGCCGAGGUACUUGUUGAGGAGUAUGCGUAAAGACAGCAAGAUUCCGACGGCGGCUCCCCUUCCCACGGCGAUGAGCUUCGAGAGAUCUGCGCUUCCAAGUGAACAGAAAAUUGGAGUCCGGAGAUCGGUCAGGAGAGUCUGAAUUCCGAUUGUUCUUGGCUGUCUUGCCAUUUCUGUUUGGAAUCAUUUUAGGAUAAAACUGCGGAUUUAUUUCCUUUAUUUGAAUCGUCCGCUUCUUUAAGACAUUCAGUGAAAUCUUAUCUUCAGUCUACUCUAAUUUCUACUGAUACUUGCCUUUCAAGGAUUCUCAUCUUUGAUCUUCCCCAUUUUGUCAUGUACAAGUUCGUACUACGAUGGUUGUUAAGAGGCGUUGAUUGAUCAAAUCGCGUAUUAAUAAGAUUAGCAGAAGGUG